CCCCCCCCCGUUGUAAGGAGACUCUUUUGUCCUAAUAGCAGAGAAGAUCGAGGGUUGGUGGAUAGGAAUGCGUGCACGGAGUCGGUUGGGGGGGGCGAAGGGAGGGAAGGAGGAGGCGACAGAGAAGGUUGAGUUUGUGUAAUAAAUAAAGAAAUCAAGUGAGCUGAGCAGAGCGGACCUGAGGCUUGAAUUCGGUCUGUUUUACCCCGUGCUUGAGAAGCGAGGGGGCGUUCAGCACUGGUACCUGGUCACCGCCCCCCCCCCUAUCCUAGUGCCACUCGUGGGACAUAGUCCCUGUUCCAGCCAGCUCACGUUUUACUGCGUUGAAUCGAAAGUUUCGUCUUCUAUUCUAGCCUCUGCGUGGACUUGGUGUUGGACUUGACUGGCGUGCACUCGCAACAGUGCUUGCUGCACUAUCCCACUGGCUGCAGACAGACUCAGGAUAUCCCACUGGAAAAUUCACAAAUCUUGACUCCAGAUUUUUUCUGGGAAACUUGCCAUCGCAUCUUUAGGCGCGAAUACCGGCAGACUUUGCGACUUCUCCACAUCAGAGGCUUUUUAUUCGACAAGUAUAUGAAUGGAUAACACGUUACUCAGAGGCUCCGCUCCCUGAGAUCUGCCGGAGUUAUUCAAGGAUUUGCCUUUCUUGUUUCUCUCCCUCUCUCUCUUUGGCAUCGUGAUGAUGUAUUCCCCGAUCUGUCUCACACAGGACGAAUUCCAUCCAUUUAUUGAAGCACUUCUUCCACAUGUCCGUGCAAUUGCAUACACCUGGUUCAAUUUACAAGCCCGUAAACGUAAAUACUUCAAGAAGCAUGAGAAGCGAAUGUCCAAGGAUGAAGAGAGAGUAGUCAAAGAUGAGCUGCUGAGUGAGAAGCCAGAAAUCAAGCAGAAGUGGGCAUCGAGGUUGCUUGCGAAACUCCGCAAGGACAUCAGGCAAGAGUAUCGGGAGGAUUUUGUGCUCACAGUUACAGGCAAGAAGCAUCCUUGCUGUGUCCUGUCCAACCCUGAUCAGAAAGGCAAGAUGCGGAGAAUCGAUUGCUUGCGGCAAGCUGACAAAGUGUGGCGGCUGGAUCUGGUAAUGGUGAUCCUGUUUAAAGGCAUCCCAUUGGAAAGUACUGAUGGUGAACGGCUUGUCAAAUCCCCUCAGUGCUCCAACCCAAUGCUCUGCGUGCAGCCACAUCACAUAACUGUAUCGGUGAAAGAGUUAGAUCUGUUUUUGGCUUACUAUGCUCAGGAACAAGGCAAAGAAAACCUUAGGAGGAGACACACAAGACUGCUGAUGCUGGAAUCUGGAACAACAGAUAAGAUGCUGGAAGAACUUGAAACAUCCAGAAAAACAGAGGGGUGCCCCAAAGAAUGAAUGACAGUUAAAAUAUUAGAACCCCAAACCUCCCACUUCCACACACAAGCAGCUGCAAGGCAAUGACCCCACCUCUCCCACCAGCAAAAAUGCAUCCAUUUGGACAAAUCCACUGUGCCUUAUGGAUUUUGGGCUGAGGAUCCAGAUGAAGAUGCCAUGAUGCAUGAGCCAGGAACAGAAAACAACACUGAUACUGAUACAGAUUUUGAACCAUUGAUGUUGAAUGAGGCCCGUCUGAUAACUUAAUGUGAGUUAAAUGACCUGGUCAGUUACUUGGGUUUGUCAAAGUCUAAAGCAGAACUCUGGGUUCAAGCCUACAAGGAUGGAAACUGCUGUCACCAGGCACAAAAAUUUCCAUGAAGGAUUUUGAUAUUUGUGACACAUGUUCCCCAGAAUAACUGAUGCCAAGAUUAAGGAAGGCAUUUCUGUUCGCCCGUAAAUCAAAGAGGUCAUAAAUUACAGGCAAUUUGAAGAACUUCUAGUAGGACCAGUGAAAAUCACAUGGAAGCCAUUCAAGGAUGUUGUUGAAAUUUUUCUUGCCAUCUACAAAGCACCAAACUGUAUGCAGCUGGUUGACAACAUGCUUCCAACAUAAAAAACCAUGAAGUGCAACAUGUCACUGAAGAUUUAUUAUAUGCAUUCCCUUUGAGACUUCUUCCCUGCAAAUCUUGGCACUGUCAACGAUGAGCAUGGUGAAAGAUUUUGCCAGAACAUUGCAGUCAUGGAGAAACGGUAUCAGGACAACUGGAAUCUAUUAAUGCUGGCUGAUUAUUGUUGGACACUUAAGUGAGAAGCUUCAGAUUCUGCGUACAAAUGAAAGUCAUCAACAAAACGUUUUUAGCUUUGUUGAACUAUUGCAAAACUUCAGCACUGUUAUGUAAUUAAAUGCAUGAUAUUCAAUAAAAUUAAUUUCUUUUCUCCAAAUUCCUACACGAUGUAAGUAGUCUGAAAUUAUAUUUGUAUUCAGCUUCAAGUGGUCUAUUAUAAACAAAAAUAAAAAUUCUGUGGAAGCAACACUUUUGAAAAAAAUGCUGUCCAGUGUAAGCUGUAACAUGCAGUUAAUAAUUCAGACAAUAGUACAGCUUAAACAAAAGUUAUUAAUUUUGUUUUGGGCUUUUUAAGGGACUGCUUUCUUUUUACCCUAUGUAAGUGUGCAAUGUUUUUCUUCAAGAACUUACCCAGUUUCUUACAUAAGUUGCAGUUCAAUUCUAUUUUUGCUGUCAUUCUUUGUGGAACGUUUUAAAUAGUAGCUCAAUAUGUGAAAAAUUAGUCUUUUCUCACUUUUGAUCGUUUGAUAACCAACUGAUAAAAAAGAUACAAAUUUUGUGAUGUGUCACAUGCAAAGCAUGCAUGUCAAAUAAUUGUAUGAAGGUAACCCAAAGCUAUCCAAGAUUUUUUUUUUGAAGAACUGGCAUUUUGUAACUUCUCAGCAAAUUUAACUGUAGUACAAGGGUCAAAGCUGGCUCACGGACUUUCACUCCAAACACAAGAUUUUAGGAUACGUUCAGUAAUCAUUCCAGCUCGUUUAUGUAGUAUGCAUUGUCACUUGAAGGCACUUACAUUAGUCAUUCUGUUGUAAGUUCAGGGCUGUGUUUUGGAUUAAAAUUAUUUGCUAAAUCAAAUUUUAAUGUAACCUGUUUGCAACAAAAUAGUACAAUAUUAAAGUUGCAUUUAAGAAAGCUGAUUUUUCAGGUAGUUUAACAAUUCCACAACCUUUGGACUCAUUUUCAAGGACUCUACAACUCAUGCUGUCAAAGUUUAUUUAUUAUUAUUAUUUUGUUUAUUUUCCUCUUUUUGUAUUUGCACAGUUUGUUGUCUUUUGCACACUGGUUGUUUGUCCGUCUGUGUGUGCAGUUUUUUAUUCAUUGUUGUGUUUUUUUUGCAUUUACUGUGAAUGUCUACAAGAAAAUAAAUUUCUGAGUAGUCUAUGGUAACAUAUACAGUAUGUACCUUGAUAAUAAAUAUACUUUGAACUUUGAAAUUGAACAAUGUAGAAUUUUUAACCUUUAGAUCUGGGAAUACACUUUGUUUUUUAUUCAGUGCAAUUAUGUAUUAGAGUAAUUAGAGCAAUGCAAUUACGUAUUCUUUUUGCUAAGCAAAAUAAAAGCUUAUUGGAUUAAGUAACACAUCAGCAUUUUGCCUGUAUUGAAUUAGGCAUGCUUAUCAUAAACAGGUAGAUAAAGUUUAUUGGGUAUAUCCAGAUUUUUGGCAGCCAAUGGCUGCAACACAAGUAUCCUGGGUAAUGAUAGUCUUUAUCUGUCAGAUCUACAUAUCUUGAAAAGAGAUAUCAUCAGUGGAUUAAAUUGUUUGUGUUAACUACAGUGAGUUCUCUUUAUUUUAUACUUCUACAUGCCACCAUUAUCUCUUGGCUAUUUACAAUAUACAAGGCCAUAAUGCAAAUGUUGUUCUUGGGAUCAUUUUGAGAAACUUCCUACAGGAUUAGAAUCCAGAAUAAUCUGCUUCAAGGAGAAACACUGUCCGUGUAGCUUCAUAGUCACAAUUUUUUUUUCAGGUCAGAAACAACAAAGUAUUUUGAAGUAGUUUUUGGUAAUGAAGGAUGUGUGUCAUCGGUAGUGGAGGAGACUUGUUCAAGCUGUCUAGAAGAUGCAAUGAAUCACUUUGGUUGCAAGAUUGCAAAAUCAACUGAAGUGGAUUUGUAAAUCCUUUCUAUUUAGUGUUUUGUUGAUUUCAAAAUGGCUUCUUUUUGAUUUCUAAGAUCUAAAAUGGCUUCACAGGUUAUGUAGAGUACAUGCAUAAUGGUGAGGUUAAUGUUUGGGAUACUGUGACCGCAAUCCAUUUCUAUUCAGUAAAGCAUAAUUUCAUAACAAUCUAAUUGUUUCCAUGCAUACAGUAUCUUAAUUUCAACAUAUGGUUAUAUUCAAGAAAGUAGCAGUAAAGGGUAAAAUCAUGUUUGGUACAGGAAGAGUUAUAUUAUGUUGGGAAAAACACUGAUAGCCUGGUUGAAAUUCCUUAUGUAAUAAAUAUGUGCCAUGUAUCUUUUAUAACAAUACUGUGCAUUGCUGGAAAAUAGUGUAUAACAACUGAGUGCAUUGUUUCAGCUUUUUUUGUGGCAUGGACUGAAAGUGUAAGAGAUGAAGACCUUUUCCCCGUAGAUUUUGUUAAAUGGAGACUAGUAAUAUUACACCAGUGCACAAAGCAUGUUAUUUAAUGAAUAGUAUGGAAAACAGAAAGCCAGCAAACUGAAGAAUACAAAUAGAACAAAAGAGAUCUAAUAUCUUUAUUUAUUAUCAAAAAUGUAUAGUUUGAGGUUGUAUGUAGUUUAUAUUGUUUGAUGGAGUAUUUAUUAAAGCAUCUAUAAAUUUGAUAGAAAGUACUUAUUGAUAACAGAUCUUAUUCUAUAUUUCCUUUUACAAUUCACUGUAGAACAAAAUAUUACCUGUAAUACCCUCGUACAAAAUAAUUGCAACAGUUGAAAUAGAAAUAGAAAUAUUGGAACUGCAACAAAACAUGCCAGAUAUUUAUAACAAGUUCAAAGGACAUUUAGUAUCAAAGUAUGUAUACAUUAUACAACCUUGAGAUUCGUCUUCUUACAGGCAGCCACAAAACAAAGAAACCCCAAAAGAACCCAUUAAAGAAACACUGUCAAGCACCCAAUCUGCAAAAGAAAAAUCAUGCAAACAAUAAAAGUAAGCAAAUAGCAUUUAGAAUGAAAGUGAAUCUUCAGACAUGAAUCCCGGAGCCGCCUCAGUGCAGCUCAGAAUGUAGUAAAUGCUACGGAGCUGUGACCAGAAUCAGCCUGACCCUGACCCUGACCCCUGGUCAUGACACCCUGCCUUUUCAAUCCAUCUGGCUUGGUGUUCAAAUCGUACAAAUUCAGGUUGCUCUAGGACCCAGGCCCUGUUGCAUAGAUACGCUCUGGCCCUAGUCCCCACUGCCACAUUUCUGCCUGUACCUGACCUUUGCAAAUCAGUCUGGCAAUUAAGCCAAUCAAAUCUCGCUCUCAAUUUAGACGCACGGGCCUUGAAUCUGCCUCUCCACUGCUCCAACUUUGUUCCGCUCUGCUCACCUUGACUUCGCCUCGAAUCUGCCACGACCUUGCUCUGAUUUCGCCUUGCACCUGCAUGCUUUGACCCUCGACUCAGCCUUGCCUUCCUUUCCCUCUUCAUUGUUUGUGGUGAUUGUUUACCAUAUUAAUUUUUACAGAGAAAGUGUUAUUAAUAAAGUAUUUAGAUGUAUUCCUUGUUUUGUCAACCACCAGUAAGUAGUUGCUGCAGUUCAGCAGUGACAGAUUAAACUGGAAAUUCACAAACAACUGUAGUGAAAAAGAAUGUUAGUUUGCCAUUUCUCAAGUGUGGGCUAUAUUUAUGUGUAUUUGUUCUUUAUUUCUACUCUUUUGUCACUCUCCUGAAGAAUAGUAGCUCUUGCCUGACAAAUGCUGACCUGUCUGAAAUGCUGCUUUAUUUGGAAUAUCCUUCUACAUUAAGUUUAUCGUCCAGUGCAAUGAUAACCUGGGCUUCUGUGAAAUGUAUCUAAAUCCAUCCUCCACUUUAGAGUGGUUACUUAUUAAACAGGAGCACGUUUCACAUUUAGUACCUAUUCCGAAAUGUCUGAAUAGUAAAUAAAAUCUAAGUGAUUCAAGACAGAUAAAUUAGAACUAAUGAAAGAUCUCCAGCCUGAUGAUCUAUGUUCCCAGAUGGUGCCUGAACUUUUGAGUGUUUUCCAUUUUUAAUCAUUCAAAUUUCCAGCAAAUGAAAUUUUUAAUUUUGCUUUUAAAAAUAUGGGUUAAAUAUCUAUUUGUGACUCUUUGCAGAGGAGAGGAAGCAGAAUGGUAGCAUUUUUCUUUUAAAACAAGGCUAGUUUAUCAUAAGGAUGUGGACCUUUUGUCUGCCUUGACAUAAGAAAAUUCUGAGAGUCUGAGAAAACAAGACUGUAGUGAUCUCAGUUUAUAUUGCCACUGUUAGCACAGCGGAAGGCGACACAGUGAGUGUAAAGUGAUAGAAUAAGGGAAGGGGAAAGGUUGAAUGAAAAUUUAAAAAAACUGCAAAUGCUGGAAAUUCAAAAUAGAAAUAGACAAUGCUGGAAUUACUCAGCAGGUCAGGCAGUGUUUGCAGGAAGAGAAACACAGUUAAUGUUUAAGAUUGAAGACUCUGUUAGAACUGGGAAGGAGAGAUAAGGAGCUGCUUCUUAAACAGAGGCCUGGUCCGUACCACACCACCAACCAACUGAUUUGUCUGGCUGAACUUUUUCUCACAUUAAACAACUUUUUCACCUCCAUUCACUUUCUCCAGAUCAAAGUAACAGUUAUGAAUUUUAGUUAUAUCUGAAUUUUCUGGGACGUGUGGAACCAUCUUUGUUCCAGUCCUACCUGGAGCUACUCCCUCAACUCCAUUUUCCUGUAUAUCAGGAUGCUGCAUCCUGUACUGAUGCAUAACUUGGCUAUUCAUUAAGUUUGCUGCCAAUUUCUACAUCUGCCCUCACCAUCAUGUGGUCAACCUUUGACUUUUCCUUUCCUUUUCUGACUCCAUUGGAGAGACAGGCUAACUACUAAAAGAAUUAUGAGCCUACUCAAUCCCACAGCUGCCUCCAAGACUCUGUCCUAGACAUCCUCCUGUAACAUUUUGCUGUCAGUCUCAGCGUUUGCUGAAUUUUGGUGGCCAGUGGUGAUAUCCACUUUUUGUUUAAUAUUUUGUUGGCAGCCCUGGUGGUUUAUGAUUUUCUUAGGGAGCAGGUUAAUUACAGAUGAUUUCAUGUACAACCUGACAAUCUCACACUUGGAACUCUGAAUAACUGAACGUUGUGUAGUCAUUGGUGGAUGUCCACACUUCUGACCUGAAGGUGGUUAUGUCUGGAACACGGCUCUGAGAAACUCUUGGAGUGACUGACCUCAGACAAUUGGAACUAGUUGUGUAUGGUGCAACUUCUGCCCAUGAGGCAGUCUCUCCUUAGCUUCCUUUGACUUCACUUUGAUACCACAUUUUAUUGUGAAAAGAGAGCACUCUCACCUCCCCACUGGACCUUAACCCUGCUACCAAUGUUCAUACCAAGGCUAUGGUAAGGGUGACAGAUCCUGGCGGAACACAAAUUGAGCAUCUGUGAGAAGAUUACUAAUAAAUAAUUGCUGCUUGAUUGUAGUAUUGGCAACAUAUUUUAUUAUCGUACUGAUAACUGCAAGAAGAUUUACAGGAAGGACAUUAACCAGACAGCCCUGCUUUUAUGCUCAAUGGAUAUUUCUCUCUGUUGUUUAGGUGAAAGUGUUGAAGCUCCACUGGGAAAGCUUAAGCAGAGACACAGCUUGUACCGGAGUCUGUCUUCAGAAUUACAGCUAAACUGUUGAUUAGCUCCACAGCCUGUGUUGUGCCCAAUGGGGUGAUUCCUUAAUAUCCUUAACAUGAGAAUCAGAAUUGAUAGGAAACCUACAGUGAUUGUUUUCAUAACAAAGCUUAACUGAACUUCUGUGACGAGCAGUAGUGAGUGGAUGAUUCUCAGCUUUGCGAGUGUUUGGACAUCAAGAUCCAAGGAAUUAUUGACUCGAUCAUCAGAGCAGUUGAUAGGCAGUGCCUUGCACUCAGCAUCCAUGUGACAAAGCUCCACUCAGCUGUACAACACGGGCACUCAACAAUAAAGAUUAACAAUGAGACCCAACAAAAUGCAGACCAUUUCCCAAAUCCAGUUUUGGCCUUAGUGCACCAGCAUACACUUUGGUUGACUGAAGAAAAGGAUGUUUGAAGAUCAAGACAUCAGACCUGAUACAAAAUCCAACAUCUACCAGGCAGCAGGGAUCUCAGCAUCUGAAACCUGGACUUGCCAUCGGCAGUGCUUAGGCUCAUAGAAUAGUAUAGCAUGAAAACCAGCCUCAGUUUACCCAUACUGACCAUGGUGCCUACCAGACUUCAGUUUGGCCCAUCUCCCUCUAAGUCCCACCUAUCCACGUACUUGCCCAAAUGUCUUUUUAAUAUUAAUAUUGUACUUGCCUCAACCACUUUCUCUGGCAGCUUGUUCCACAUAGUGGUCACCCUCUGUGUACUGAAGUUACCCUCUAGGUCCCUUUUACCUCUUUCACCUCCUCACUUAAACCUAUGCCCUCUAGUUUUUGAUUCCCUUUCUUGGGAAAAUAUGUGCAUUCACUCUACCUAUGCCCCUUAGGAUUUUAUACACCUUUUAUGAGGGCACCCCUCAGUCUGUAAUGCUCCAACGAAUAGAAGUCCUAAUCUGUAUAAAUUUAUUGUGUGCACAACUAUUUCAUAAUAUGAUCCGAUAUUUUAGAUAGUUCAUCUCUGUUAAAAGGUUGGAGAACAGAGCAUUAGUUAUUCAUUCGUCAGUGGACAAUAACAGUUUUGCAUUUGCCUGCUUUUUGGUGAUACUUUGUUCUCCUUUCCCCUCCUACUCUUGCAACGAAGACCCAAAGCUAAUGGAGAGACAAUCAGGUCAGGAUUGGAUGGGUCUACCAGUUUACGUAUUCACCUGCCAGAAUAACAGAAUACUUACUAAGAUUUGUUUUUCAUUUUGCUUCAAAAAGUAAGUUAAUUGCAUGAAAGCCAUAUUUAGGAAAGAGGGAACAGUGAAGACUGAGAGACUGAAGGACUGUGGUUCAUAACCAGUAGUAAUGAAGAGAACUGAAUGAUUCCUCAGAUGACUUAGGUGUUUAUUAAUUCAAGCAGAUCUGGAAAUCUCAGUAAGUAACUAAAGAACACUUAAUUAUAUUCACUUCUGGGAGGAGACUUUUUAACUCAUGAAUGAUUUCAUCACCUUUGAGAUUUUCAUUUUUCUUAUUCAUGAAAAAGUUACCUGAUUUGUUGAAAACCUCGUUGUAUUUCAAACAGUGCAUAAGAAUAUAAUUAACAUGUAACACACUUAAUUAGUUUUGUGGUAUGAUCGAACCUUGAAUUCUAUUCCAAAUCCUACCUUUAAACAAAUCCUACUGACCCUCCUACACCAUGUUGUUGCAUGUGCAACAACGUUAGUGUUGGUACAGUUGAAGCAAGUAUGUCUGUAGUUGUAAUGGAACUCAUUUCCUUCUUUUUUGUCUGGGUAUCUUGCAACCUUCAGGACUUAAUAUCGAAUUCUACACUUCAGGUAAUUUUAUUUCUCAGCCCAUAUCUGUUUUCCAUCUGUGAUACUGGCUGAAUUUGUUUUUUUUCCCUUUCUUUCUUUCUAAGAGUGAAGGAGCCCUCCUCUUUUGCAUUUCACAACUCCUAUGUUCUCUGUCUAUGUUCUCACUCUCUAGUCACUCAUUGAUGAUAACAUUGUUAACGUCAUAUCAUCAUAGUCACCCUGGUGUUCCACUAUCAAAGAUAUCACUCUCCCUACAGCGUAACAUGCUGCCUUUGUCUCAAUAGAGACAAAAGGUCUUUGACCUGAAACAUUGACUCUUUUUCCCUUCCCACAUAUAUGCCUGACCUGUUGAGUAUUUACAACUUUUUCUGUUUUCCUUUCCCUUCUUUACUGGGUGAGCCUAUCAAUCGAUAAGAAAUGUGAUUCCCUGCUGAGGUAUCUGUCAUUGCGAUUCAUGACCCUCUAAUUCUCAGAUGCUUCUCAACUGAGAUCCUUACAGUUGCCCUAAUUUUUUUUUUAACUGGAAAGGGGUUAGCCCACAGAGUCUGCACCAAUCAUCAAGUGCAUGUUUACACUAAUCUUAUUUUAUUUUCCCCAAAUUCCUAACAUCUACCCCAGAUUCUACCUUUCCCCUACACAAUAGGGGCAAUUAACUUAUCUCUUCUCCACUCUUUGCAUGUGGAAGGAAGUUGAAAGCAGACAAAACCCAUGUGAUCACUGGGAGAAUGUGCAGACUCCACUCAGACAGUACAGUAUUCAGGAUUGAACUGUAAGGCAGCUGUACAGCUCUAUGUUACUUCAGGCUUCUGCUUUCAUUCAUUGGACCUGCUUUCUUGUUACAAUGAACAACAUCCUUGACUUGUUCCUUCAAAAGGCAAAUGGUUAGAAGUACAGUCCUGGUCCAUAGUGCUAAAUGCAAAGCAGAGUGGAUUCAUUGUACUUUGUGUCUGUGACUCAUUGAAUUCAAUUCAAAGGAAGCUUAAAUAAUUUUAAAAAUGGUUCAAAAUAUAUGUAUUUAAUGAUGUAUUUAAAUGACAGACAUUAAUUUGAAAUACUUGAGAUGAUGUAAAGUUUGAGAAAACAAAAAGCAUUCAUUUCCACUGAGAUUUCCAGUUCAGUUUGCUGAUCCCAUUUAAACGAAUGGAGCUAUACAUUCAUGACUGACAUUAGAUGUUCAUCUCAGAACUCUCAGAAAUGGACAGGAAAUAAGUUGACUUGAUCCAGAGCGACUACUUAAAAAAAAAACUGAGAGGCCGCAUGUAAAUUGCAUCUGCAUGAUAUGCUUGAGCUUCAAUCCUGGUCCAGAUUUGGAGUAGGAGCCCAGGUGUGCUGACAACUGACCUCCAACUCUUUGUUGUAAGGUGUAGAUGUGAAGGUCAAGAACAAGCUCACCUGUGCACAAUAGUUCUCACUGAUUGUUUAUUGAAUCACUAGGGAGUGACUAGUACAGUCCAAGCAUGAUGUAUUCAAAUUGUAGAACAAUGUAUUUCUGAUGAAGGAUUACGGCCCGAAACAUCAACUGUUUACUCUUUUCCAUAGAUGUUGCCUAGCCUGCUGAGUUCCUCCAGUAUUUUGCCUGUGUUGCUUGGAUUUCCAGCAUCUACAGAUUUUCUGGACACUGUAUAUCAAUCUGCUUAUGCUCAUCUGUUCAAAGAGAAAAAUAUGUUUCUGAUUUUGUUCUAUCAUGCAUCAUUGAACCAUGGUUUCAUCAAGAGUAGCAACAAAGUUAUCAACACUUUAUACUGAUGUUGGUCUUGAGAAGAUAAAGUCCUGGAAACUUGCUUGUGAGGGAAAGGUUCGCCCAUCAGACCAGCUUGGAUCCACCAGUGCAAAAUUCUGUCCCCCUUGCAGCAAAAAGAAUCCAACACAGUAGAACAUGUUUUGUACAUUCAAUACAAUUAAAUCACAGGCAUUUGGUCCUGCCAUUG